AUGUCUGUAAGUAUUGCUGAAAAACAUGUUUCCUCCUCUUUAUCUUUGCUAAAAUCCUGGAUGGAUGCGAAUGGCCUAGAUCUUUCUCCCUCAAAAAAUCCAGGUAAUGUAGCUGGCUUUAGAAAACUAGACCUCAUACAGUCUAGGACUUUGAGGAUUGUUUCUCGUGCUAUGAAAUUGAGGUUAAUGCUCUGCAAAUAUAAUUUAGUUAACAUACAGCAUAUAAGUACAUAUCAGGUAUUAGUGUGCCUUGACCCAAACCAAACAUGUUUGGCAUUAGAACGCCGACCAAAAAUAAGCCAUCGCCGUCUUCAAGCGCGACUAGGAGAAAUUAAAACUGCGGUAACGGCCGCAGUCAAAAGGCUGUACGAGUUAGUACGGGAUGGAGAACUUCAGGACAAAGAUAAGAGAGAUGAUCAGCCGAGCAAAGUCACGAACCAAGCGGAAGCCAAAAAACCAGAAAGGAAGGAAACAGCGAAGGAAGGUGAACUGGACAAAAGAAUAGAAAACCUUAAGUAG